AUGGCAGCCUUUGAAUUCCGGUCACCCUACUUUCUCUCUAUAACUUUUCUCCUCCUCCUCCUCCUUCUCCUCCUCUCCUUCUCCCCCUUCAACCAAUUCCACUUCACCCCCUUAAAUCCUUAUUCUUCCCGAUCUGCCCCUCUCCAAAUCAGAAAUUACACAACCUCAUAUCAAUAUGCCACUCCGAAUCCUGCACCCUCUCCCUCUCCCUCUCCUUCCACUGUUGCAGACAAUCUCCAACAGGAAAAGAGCAGCAGCAGCAGCAUAACAAGCAAGAUUGAAGAGGAGUUGGCGAGAGCCAGAGCCGCCAUCCGCGAAGCCAUUCGUACCAAAAACUACACAUCUGACAGACAAGAAAUUUACAUCCCCAGAGGAAGUAUCUACAGAAAUCCCUAUGCUUUUCACCAGAGUCACAUAGAGAUGGUGAAAACAUUCAAAAUAUGGGCCUACAAGGAAGGGGAGAUACCCAUGUUUCACAAUGGGCCUAUGUCCUACAUCUACUCUAUUGAAGGCCAUUUCAUCGAUGAGCUGGACAGUAGUGGUAAAAGCCCAUUUUUGGCCCGACAUCACGACGAGGCCCAUUCCUUCUUUGUCCCUGUGAGUGUGAAGAGGAUAGCUGAUUUCUUGUACGACCGGCCUAAUCCCUACACAUUUCACGGUCGACUGGUUCGAAUCGUCACCGAUUACAUCAAUGUGGUUGCCCAGAAAUACCCCUACUGGAAUAGGAGCAGUGGAGCUGACCAUUUCAUGCUCUCUUGUCAUGAUUGGGCACCGGAAAUCAUAGACGACGACCGUGACUUCUACAAGAAUUUUAUAAGAGUACUAUGCAAUUCCAAUACCUCAGAAGGGUUCCAGCCCAAGAGAGACGUCUCAUUACCGGAAUACAAUAUACCGGAGCACACUCUUGGCCCAUCGCUCCUCGACCAACACCCCGAUAAGCGUCCUAUCCUAGCCUUCUUCGCCGGUGGUGCUCAUGGAGACAUAAGGAAGUUCUUGUUUGAGCAUUGGAGGGACAAAGAUGAUGAAAUCCAAGUCCAUGAGUACCUUCCAAAGGGCCAAAAUUACCAUCAGAUUAUGGGACGGACCAAGUUUUGCUUGUGUCCUAGUGGCUCCGAAGUUGCUAGCCCUAGAGUGGUUGAGGCCAUGUAUGCAGGGUGUGUCCCUGUCCUCAUUUCCGAUUACUAUUCAUUGCCCUUCGCUGAUGUUCUUGAUUGGAGCAAGUUUACGAUCGAAAUCCCGCCCAAGAGAAUACCGGAGAUUAAGACGAUCCUGAAAGCCUUUCCACACUCAGAGUUCUUGAAGUUGCAGAAGAGGGUGAUGCAGGUUAGAAGGCAUUUUAUGCUGAACCGACCGGCGAAGCCGUAUGAUGUGUUUCAUAUGGUGCUUCACUCAAUAUGGCUAAGGAGGCUUAACAUCAGGCUACCAAAUUGAUUAUAAUUAAGAAUCGGGUUAUAAGCAUUUUAUCAAUAUCUUAAUCAUGAUUUUCAUAGCAUUUACAUCUA